GUGUGUCAGCAAAGUAAGUCAGCAUAAAGUUUAUUGGAAAAGAAGUUGUUUUACGCGCAAAGGCUAUGCUUCCGUGGUUGCUUGCGAUUGUGGAACCGCAAAGAAAGCAUAAGUGAUAAGGGGAAGUUACUGUUAUCAACGUGACACUAGUUUGUGGGCAUUGUGUGAACAUUGUUUAGUUGAAGUUGGAUUGUUGGCGGAACGAUAUCAAAGCUAAAAGUGUCUCCCAAAUUUGAAUUUAGUCGCGGAGCUAGAUUUAAGUGAAGCCAUGUGGAACUAAUCGUAAAUCGGUGGAGCGUUUUGUACCAUUCAGUGAAGUGCAGACACCAAAGAAAAUUUAAAAAAAGUGAGUGAAGGUUGGGUAUGCGACGACGAACGAUUAGUGCAAUGUACUAGAGAGGCAAUUUGUUAGUGCACUAAACCGACGGGAAUUUUGACUAUCUCAACCAACACCUGCCAUAACACACCCUCACACCAUGCCAAAAGACAAGGAAGUUCCGCUGGAAAUGGUCUCCUCGCCAAAAUCCACCCAACCUCUGCUACUGUCCACCGCGGAGCUGCCAACAUCAACGACCACCACGUCCGAAAUGGGCACCGACGCCGCCACCGAUUGGCGUCGCUACAGCGCUUCGGAAAUUGACGGUGGCCGGCGAAAUCGGGGCCAGCAAACGCACGCGUACGACCUCCACAAGGGCAUCGCCGAGUCCGCGAUGGAUAUCUCGCUGCUGACGGCCAACGCCAACCAGCUGCGGCUGCUGAUCACCUACAAUGGCCGCUCGAAGACGUACAUCGCGUGCAUUACGCUGGUGAUCGUGUCCCUGGUGCUGCAGGUGCUCGUGGCCUGCGGGGUCAUUAUUAUUAAGAGUCAACCCAAAUCCCGGCUGAACGUUCACAUUGAUCGGUUAAAGAUCGCCACUUCGAUAGGCGUGUCGAUCAUCACCGUGAUCAACAUCCUGGUAGCGUCCCUGGUGGUCACGGACGGAUCUGGUGGGUCAGGAGUAGCCUAACACACUAUCCUAAGUCCACCUUGUGUUCCACGUGAUAUUUUGUGCUAUACUCUAGUUAUAACUUGUAUACAUCAAUUAAAGAAUAAAUUAUUUGGUUCAAGUGUUCAGCGUAA